UGGCGUUUUCCUGAAGCCGUCUCAAAAGAAAAAGAAGCAUUCACCCGCUGUGCGCACGCGAUGCAUCGCGCACGCACGACAGUAGACAUAAAACAAAAGGAAAAAGAAGACAGAAAAUCGAGCGCGAGCACGGACCGCAAAUCGAACAUUGCUGUCGAAGGACGAAAUGGCCAACUCGUCGUGCUGGGGGCUUCUUUUGCUGGCGGGCGCGCUGUGCGUCCUGGUCGUCGACGUCCAGGGCCAGGUCCACUACCGCUACGUCACGUGCGGCUCUCUGGUCAAGUUGCUGAAUCGUCGCUGGGACGUGCGGCUGCAUUCGCACGAGGUCCGCUACUCGGGCGGCAGCGGCCAGCAGUCGGUCACGGCCACCGAAAAGCCAGACGACAUCAACAGCCACUGGAUGGUGAAGGGCCAGUCGGUCACGAGCUGCUCGCGCGGUGAGCCCAUCAAGUGCGGCGAAAUCGUCCGGCUCGAGCACCUGAAGACCAGAAGGAACCUGCACAGCCACCACUUCCCGUCACCGCUGUCCAGCAAGCAGGAGAUCAGCGCGCACGGCGAGAACGGGCAGGGCAACUCGGGAGACUUCUGGAGGGUCGUCUGCAAGACGGGCUACUGGGAACGCGACGGCGACGUCAGGCUCAAGCACGCAGACACCGAGGCCUGGCUUUCGGUCUCGGGCAAGUCCUACGGCCAGCAGUUGGGUGGUCAGCUGGAGGUGUGCGGAGAGCUGGCACCCUACGACGAGUCGUGCGUCUGGAGGACGGCCGAAGGAGUGUUCAUGAAGCCGAGCGAAGGAAGUUUGCACAUCGUCAAGCACACGGAACUUUGAAGAGUGUCGAGCCACAGCUGCCCCCGUGGUUUUCUUGCGGAAAAGCAGAACCAGUAUUAAAGCUGAUUUUGUGUAAAGUGUA